UCGCUCUUGAGCCACUGAAGUGGUAGGAGAGGUUAAGUUAAUGUGUAUUAUUAUAGUGUAUUAAUAUUUAAAGUGCAAGCAAAAUAUAUUUCAAUUGUAAUCUUCACAAUAAUAAAAUUCUUUUAUUUUUCUUUUUUAAAAUAUUAAAAAGUUUUCGCUUUAAAAUGAUUUAUAAUAUUUUACAUAUAUAUGCUUAUUCUAUAUAAAAAAAAAUCUUUAAAAUCAUUACACUUAUUACUUAAUACUUAAUAAAAUAAUAUGACAUUUAUAACAAUAUUACGAGAUUAAUAUAAAAUAUGAAAGAUUAAUUGAAGUGAAAAAAUUUUUAAAAAUGACAUGAUAAUUAAAAAUCGUAAAAUAAAAAAGUAAUAAAAAUUGCACGUGAAAAACCUUGAACAUCGAACAUAUAGCGCGAAACAAUAUGCAUGAUCUAAUAAGACAAAGUAAGAAGAUGACUUCACGCGAAAUGUGAUCAGAAAUAAUCGAAGCAUCAACGACAACUAAAUUUUAGGAUCAACAUCGCUUCCUUUUUUGUUAUGCGACAACCACGGUACGAUGAGAAACGGAACGAUAACCACGCGUGCUGAUGUUUAUGCGGAAGAAAUUCCUUGUACAUCUGAAAGGAGGGGAGAUGUGGCGCUCUAUUCGCAGUAUUGAUGGAGAAGGAUAAACAAUUCGAAACACGAAUCUUGAGGCAUAUUUUCACAUGAGAUGGCAUGAUUCUAAUCACUUGAAAUCUGCGAUACCUACAAAAUGGCCAAGCAGAUAUCCUUUUAUUCUACUUUGACAUCGGAAGAAAAGAGUAGAAUGCAACCAUGUAUGAAAGCUAGGUGUGUCAUCAUGUCCAGUGAUUCACCUCCACCACUCCAGACUUCUGUACCUUUGGUAGACUACGAUAUACCAGACGAAGCCUGUUCUGGUAAAAUCACACCAACCACACCUACUAUUCCGGUGACGAAUAAAUUAUUGAAUACUGAUGCCGAGACGAUUGAGAAUGCAGUGCCAAUCACGCAGGCAGUGCUGCCUGUUCCCGAGCCACAACCGAAAAUUGAAAGGAAUGGAUUCGACUCGGAGGCAACCAAGCCAAUCGCCCAAUCUGAAAAUGAUUCUUGCGUUGUAGAUUGUAUAUAUUUUACGCAGCAGUGCUGCGAGUGUGUAAUACUUUAACAGCCAGAAUUCUUCGCAUAUCGAAUGAUCAUUUAUAUUCGUUGCAUGCGAUUUAGUAUAUAUGCGUGUGAAGAGAAUUUGAAUGAUAUAUAUUUCCAUUGAAUUAUAUGGGAUACAAAUUCAAAUGGAAUUUUAAUAAUCGAGUUUUGCUCGAUCAAUUUUUUAAACGAAUAUUAAAUCUUCGUAUUUAAAAAAAAAUCUUAUUCUUAUCUC